CUGGCUGGGGGUGUAUGGGGCAGGUAGGGGGAAGGCCCUGGCUGGAGCCUGGGUAGAAGUUGUGCUAUGGCGUGGGCCUGACGCAGGGCCCCCUGGCAGGGCCCUGCUCAGGAAUGCGUGUGCAGCUGGGGCGUGUGCUUGCGUGUGUGUGCCCGCGUGCCACGGCCUCGGCCAAUGGGAGCAGGCGGGGGUGGGGCAGAGCGCGGGGGCCUAGCCCCCCCCCUUGUGCACACACGGCCACACGAAUACAAAGAGGCACCCGCGCGACCUUCCCUGCCACCUUCCUUCUGGCAGCGCCAUGGCCUCCCAUCUCUCUUCGCAGGCCUCUCCCAGGAGGCACCAGGUCCGGGUUUGCCCACAUGUGGAGCAUUAGCUGAGGAGCUCCUUUGCGCCAUGUCGUUCAGUGCCACCAUCUUGUUCUCGCCUCCCAAUGCCAACGAGGCCAAGUGCUGCUGCUGCACUUGCAAGAAGGAGCCGGGGGUGGAGGCGGGCUCAGGGGGCCCGCCACCCCCCUGCACCCCCAUCACCGUCUCUGGUCACGGCCUGGCAGUGCAGAACUCGGAGCAGCUCCUCCAUGUCAUCUACCAGCGUGUGGACAAGGCGGUGGGGCUGGCAGAGGCAGCCCUGGCUUUGGCCAAGGCCAACAACGAGGCCUUGAGGCGCCUAGAGGAGGAAGUGGGGGCACUAAGGAGAGGAGCCCCUGCUGCUGUCAAAGCCAGCCCCACACCAGCCCCCGAGGAGCUCCUGGAGGAUGAGGAGGAGGAGGAGGAGGAGGCUGAAGGCCUGCGAAACGGCGUCCAAGUGGUGAUCGAGGAGUUGAGGCAGCUGGGGGCGGCAGCAGGGCCACCUGGACGCCUGGCUUUCUCGCCCACGCAGCCUGCAGACGGCAGUCUCAGUGGGGUGCUGGAUGACCUGCCUCCUUCAGAUGUGCCCCCACAGCGAGCAGUGGUGCCAACCUACUCUGUCGCCCCCUCCCCUCCCGCCCAGCUGAUGGGGGAGCCCUCACCCUCGCCCUCCUACUCCGAGGAGCUGCCCCACAGUGCUGCCUUUGAGGUUGCCAGCCGGGGUGAACCCCGGUUCUCACUGGGCUUUGCCAGUGUCCCUUGCCGGAGCCGGGGCAAUGGGCCCAAGAACGCCAGGCGCAAGAGGGACCUGGUGCUGUCGAAGCUUGUCCAUAAUGUUCACAACCACAUCACCAACGAGAAGAGAUUCAACGGCUCUGAGAGAACCCAGGAGUCCUGGCUUCUGGCUGUCUUCUCCCACCUGCUGGAGAAACUGAGGCAGGAGCUGGUGACAAGUCAGCACAACUACACUGACAAGGAGCUGAAGGGUGCUUGUGUGGCCUACUUCCUCACCAAGCGGCGGGAAUACCGCAACUCCUUGAACCCUUUCAAGGGGUUGAAGGAGAAGGAGGAGAAGAAGUUACGGAGCCGGCGCUACCGGCUCUUUGCCAACCGCUCGGGGGUGGCACGGCUGCUGGGCCCAGAGGAGCAGCGGCUGUGGGAGGGGGUGACGGAGGAGCUGAUGUCAGACGAGGAGGACAGCCUCAGUGAGCCGGGGGUGUGGGUGGCGCGGCCCCCCCGCUUCCGCGCUGCUCCCCUCACCCAGCUCUGCUACCGCCUGGACAUCAACUCCAAGCACGGCGCUAAGGCCAAUAGGGUGUAUGGGCCGCCCUCAGAGCGGCUGCCCUCAGCUGAGGUCCAGCUGCUGCCCCCCCACCUCUACGACCCUCACUUCCAAGAGCAUGAGGAGGAGGGGGACACGGGCACCCCUCCCUACCCCCCGAGCAACAAGGCUUUCUGCCCCAACCUCAGCUCCUUCAUUGAGAUCAAAGUGGAGAAGGAUGAGUGAGCCGAGAGGGCUGCCCUGCAUC